AUGAUUAAUCAAAGGCGGACCACUAAUUUACAGUCAAUUGAAGUCUUGUCUAUAGACGACUUAUUUCAUAUAGAAUCUGAUGAAAUUCCAGAUAAUGGUAUUGUUGAAGAUUUAGCAAAGAUAAUUGAAACCAAAAAAUCAAUUGACUCCAUGGAUCUGACCUUGUACACGAAUGGCAGACGGCUGAAUCGUGCUGAGAAGAUAAAGAGUAUUAAAUGGGAAGGCGGGCUUCAAUUCAUUCUUCAUCCAGAUGUCCCAACCUGAUGUAUUCAUUUCAAAGUCAAUUCUAUCAAAAAAGCAGGCCAUAUUUCAUUUCCAUACCCAGAGAAAAAUACGAUUUUUGACUUGUUGCAAAAAUUAAAUGAGCGUUUGUCUCUCAAUGAUAUUCCGAAUUUCAGAGAGUUAGAAUUCCAAUCUUAUGGAAAAUUAAAUGUAGAUGCACAAUUGCAAACUAUUGAAAAUAACUCUAUGAUAAAGAUCAAGCUAAAAUUUGAAAAAAAUGUGUACGACCAAUCUAAGUAUGUGCUUGUCAAUAUCCGUAUUGACGGUGAAGAAGGAUUCUCCCUCUAUAUUAAAUACUCAUCAAAAGUCUCUGACUCUCCCCUCUUUAAAUUGGAGCAAAAAAUUUUGUUCCAAUUUGAAGGGGAGUUAAGAAAAUUUUUAUAAAAAAAAAAUCAAAUGAUAAAAAAAAACUUAACAAAAAAUAUUUUUUCAAAUUUAUCGAAUUAGAUUAAUAAAUUUAUUUAAUAAAAUGCUAUUUACUCUUUAUCCUUUAAAACAAAGCAAGAUAUAACUAAAUUUUCAUUAUUAGUUAAUACGCAACUAUUAAUCGGUAUCAAAACUAUUUGCACAAAAAGUAUUAUUUUUAUAGAUAAAAAAAUAAUUUAGAUAAUUUAUCGACCAAAGGGCUAAUUUUGUUUAAAUAAGAUAUUAUUUAUACUCUAUUCUUUAAAAUAAAGCAAGAAAUAAGUAAAUUUUGAAUUUUUGUAAAGAAUUUGUAUAAAAAUUAAUUAAAUAAAUUUUAUUUUAAAAAUUUAACAAUUAAGGAUAAUAAAUUUAUUUAAAUAAGAUGCUCUCUAUACUCUCUUCUUUAAACAAGAGCAAGAUAUAACUAAAUUUUUAAUUUUAGUUAAGAAGAAAAAUUUAGUUUAUAUCAAAACUUUUUACAUAAAAGUUAUGAUUUUAUAUAUAAAAUUUUUUAUUAUAAAAUUGAUUUUUGUUCCAAUUUAAAAUGGGGUUAAUUUACCAAAAAAGUGGAAAUUUUAUAUUUUGUUAAAAUUUAAAGGGGGGGAGUGAGUUAAAGUGGCUUUUGGCAUGCAGGGGUAAAAAAGUGCUUCGACUUAUCUUGCAGAAUGGAGUUGUGCUAGAUGACGAUAAAACAAUAAUGUGUUACCCAAUUCAAAAUCGAGCAUGCAUUGAAGGGCACAAAGGAGCUUUAGGAGGCGUUUCUGGAUUAGGGUUUACUUUUGCUGACAUCACCGAGCAAAAGCAACUAGUAUUGCGAUUUGAUGAGAAUGCUCCAAGAUGAAGGACCGUAAAAAGAGGAAUUUCUUUCAAGGCACAUUGUAGGAACAGUUAUUGUGAAGCUGGAAGUAGAGGAGACUGGGUUAUUGUCAAUAAAGGAUUUGGAGUUUUCUCAUUUGGAGAAACAAUAACAAGUUUAAAAUGUCCUGCUUGCGGUAAAAGAGUCAGUAGAGCAGAAAAUUGCGGUUUUUUUGAUUGCAAAUGGAGGUUUAGAGGUGAAAAAGAGGAUGAAAAUGAAGGCUUACAGGAAUGUGGUGAUAGAGUCGCUAUGAAUGAUGCUUAUUAUACAUUUGCUGAAUCAAAUGAAAGAUGGAUUUAUUUGAAAGUUGAAGCAAGAGAAAAGGAUAGAGAAUUUCAGAUGAGAAAGAAAAAUAAUUGCAACUAG